CGCUGUUCGGGAGCGUAGAGACGUGGCCUUGGCAGGUCCUGAGCAAAGGGGGCAAGACUCAGCUCCCAGCUUCGCAUCUCGUAUGUUAAAGGACUGUGUUGUCUGGCGGCCAAGUUCUGGUACCUGCUACAGUGAUGGUCACAAAAGCCCUCAACUAGACUCUAGUCUGCACUCUUCAAGCAACUAUAACCAGAGGCCUGUCCCUUCAUCUGUCUGUCUCUCCGUUUCCUCGGCAGCACAUAGAAUGAUCAAGGUUAGCCCAGAUCAAGGGUGACAUAGUCAGAUGCCCACAAGCAUCCAAGCAGGAAGAAGUCUCCUAUGAGGAGAGGACCUGUGAAGGCGGACAGUUUGCCACAGUGGAAGUGACAGAUAAGCCUGUGGAUGAGGGUCUGCGUGAAGCCAUGCCCAAGGUCAUGAAGUAUGUGGGGGGCACCAAUGACAAGGGAAUCGGGAUGGGCAUGACCGUGCCUAUUUCCUUUGCUGUGUUUCCAAGUGAUGAUGGCUCCCUGCAGAAGAAAUUGAAAGUCUGGUUCCGGAUUCCAAACCAGUUUCAGAGCAACCCGCCAGUUCCCACCGAUGACAGUGUUAAGAUCGAGGAGAGGGAAAGCAUCACUGUCUAUUCCCUGACAAAUUUAUCUUAUAGCUGGAAAUCUGUACCUUUUGACCACCUUCACCCAUUUCUCCAACUCUCCGCCUACAUCCCCUGUCGUUGGCAACCACCAAGCUCUUCUCUGCAGUUUGGUGGUUAUGCCAAGGAGGCCGACUAUGUAGCACACGCCGCUCAGCUGCGGACCGCCUUGGAGGGCACAGCCACCUGCCGGAGUGACAUCUACUUCUGCACUGGGUACGACCCUCCCAUGAAGCCCUACGGACGCCGCAAUGAGGUCUGGCUGGUGAAAGCAUGAGUAAUUCUCUGAGUUAGACCUUCCUGGACGUGUGUUCCUGUGUCCGCUUCCUCAGGGGAGAGGGAGGAGCAAAGCUGCCGGCUGUAUCUCCAGCUUAACCAAUCUUCCUUCCUUCAGAGCCCUUCACUGCCAGUUUUCUGAAAUCAGCAUAUUCCAUCCCUGCUCUUUUUCUCGUGGUGGGAAAUAAUACAGCCCAGGUAGGCGGCAUCCUUCUGACUGACUUAGAAAGCUCUGUGGUAGACCAGAAAAAGAAUCAGCAACGUUUUUCCAGCUAUCUA